AUGUCAGUGAUAGCAAUAUUCUCCCUCAUUGCUAUUUUUGUUUCCAAAAUGGAAACCCUUCCGGUGCGAGCAAUAUCAACUCCCACCGGACAACUUCUGAAUGCAGAAGAAUUCUGGAUUUCUGUCAAAUUAUUAAAUAUCGAAUGGAAAUCUGAAUGUCUUUCGACUGCCUACUGCAGUGAACCAGAGCUAAAAGUGAUCAAGAAAAAUCCAAUUAAUGGAGAAAAAAUCUCUUUUGCAUGGUUGUUAGAUCAAAAUUUUAAUCAGUUCUCCAACAAUCCGUUCAUAAGCUACUGGAAAGGUGGAUCAGCUCGAGAAAUUGAAAUGGUAGUUAAAGUAGUUGGAGUUGAUCCCAUUUACAGAUUUCAACGCAUUUGUGAUCAGACUGCCUUAACCAAAAUAUUUUUAAAUGAACUCGAGAAGUCAAAUUCUAAUAGUGUGAAUAUAAGAAAUGAGCAGAGCAGUGGUCAAAUGAUAGUGGAACUGAAUGGACGAUGCUUUGAAGCUACUUUUACAGUUGAAAAGCACAUUACCCAUUGUCCGUGGUGUGUGAAAGCUGAAAAAAGUGCUUUGAAAGUACCUUUUUUCAACAAAUUUUCACCAAUCAAAUGGAAUAUUUUGGCCAUAGUAAUUUCUGCUCUGGCAGUAAUAUUAUGCCUGGUAACUGCUGCAGUGCUUCUAUGUACUACAUGUCGACACGUGAAAGCAAAAAGAAUAUCUAGCAGAAUGAUUACUCCGCCAAGCAUCUGUCAACAAACCGAUUGGCAAUAUCUCAAAACUUGGUAAGU